AUGUGCGGUAAUCGUGCGGUUGACGGUGUCAAUCGUAAAAAAGGCGGAAAGCAUUGGUUGACACGUGGAAGCUGUUUCGUUGUCACACCAUCUCCAACCCUGACCCUAUGGUCAGAAGAAAGGGAUCUUUCAGUCUUGUGCUGGUGCACCGUUCCCAAUCGUGACGUGACGUGGCGUGUGAUCGUUGGAGAAAAUCAACCGAGCUGGUCCCACGCAAACGAAUUUACCAGAAAUAUCUCGGGACAACGCCGACGGGAACGUCUCGGAGCCGAGGGAAGGACCAUGCAUGUGGGCUGGCCCCCACGACGAGGGCUGUUCUGGUCGAUUGCCUUGCUCCUUCUAUCGGCAGUAACAAGCCUCAACAGUUCCACCAUGAAUCGACGCCGAUUUUCUCACCGCCUGGCGAGUUUGGUCGCGUUGGUCGCGGGCACUGGCGGCUCGCCAGGGGGCGCACACGCGUUCGCGACGCCGCGGGUCACCGCCACUCCGUCUGCCGUUACCGUCCGUGGAGAAGAGGCAGUCCCCGCAACGGUGGCGUACCGACCUCUGACGGUAGCAGUGGAUGCCUUGGGCGUGACCGUUCCCGUGGCUUGUUGGUUCCCCGUCAACAAUGAUCCGGACGUGACCGCUGCCCCGGCACCCACCACGCGUACCCGAACGCAAGUAGUCGCCUACCCGCACCGCAUUUCGAUUCGAAGGAUUGGUCAGCUUUUGGCUGGCUGGAAUUUCAUUCCCGACUUUGCGGCACGUAACUUUGCGCUCCAACCCACCUGUACGAAAGUUGCCGACGGAACCAGCGUGAACCUGCCCACUGCGGGACCGGUAGUCAUCUUAGCGCACGGUUAUUUGGGGAGUCGCUUUGAUCUGUCACACUUGGCGGAAACACUGGCCCAAAAAGGCUUUACCUGUUUGUCCGCCGAGUAUCCCGAAUCUCUCGCAGCAUCGUACGAUCGCGUGGACGGCUUGGAUCGUCGAGUCAUUACGGACGCAAUCCUGCGAUCUCUCACCAACGAGUGGAACAUGCAGCCCUCGAGUUACGGAAUCGUUGGUCACUCACUCGGUUGUGGGACGGCGAUACAAACUGGUGACGACACCUGGGCACGGGUCCUCAUUGCCGGCUUUCCGCGGAACCGCGACGGGUCGACAAUGCAGGGCAAUCAGCUCUUUUUGGCCUCCAUGAACGACGGUCUCUUUGCGUCACCACGCAAUCCGGCCGGCAAACAGAUUGUACCCGCGGAUUAUGUCUUGCUCGAAGAAGAGACGCUUGGGCAAACGGGCGUCCUACCCCGCCGUGCCGCCUUGGUGUACGAUCGUCCCGACGCACCCAACCAUAUUUCGUUUCUUGCCGAAGGCGUUAACGACGCUAUGAUUGACCUUCUCUCGCCCUUGCUGCCAUUGGCACAGGCACUCAGCAUUCCAGUUCUAGACUUUGAUCGGUAUCAGCUUUCACGAGACUCGGCGUCGACGGCAGCGAUUGUGCAUCCGUUAAUACUCCGCUACUUGCAACAAGAAAUGCGACCGUAG